CAGCCGUUUGUCAACCCGGGGCGCGAGCGCUGCUGUCGUGAGAGCGGCCGGCGGUUGAUUGCGAAAUCGGCAGUUGAGGGCGGGACGGACGGACAGACAGGAGCGGCAGCGGCAGCAGAGAUGGACGAGGACGUGCUGACCACGCUCAAGAUUUUAAUCAUCGGCGAGAGCGGAGUGGGCAAGUCGAGUCUGCUGCUACGGUUUACAGAUGAUACCUUCGACCCAGAGCUUGCUGCAACAAUUGGUGUUGACUUCAAAGUGAAGACAAUUGCAGUUGAUGGAAAUAAAGCAAAACUUGCAAUUUGGGACACUGCUGGACAAGAAAGGUUCAGGACCUUAACUCCCAGUUACUAUCGAGGAGCACAAGGUGUUAUCCUAGUGUAUGAUGUGACCAGAAGAGACACCUUUGUAAGACUAGACAACUGGCUGAAUGAGUUGGAAACCUACUGCACAAGGAAUGAUAUUGUGAAAAUGUUAGUUGGAAACAAAAUUGAUAAAGAAAAUCGUGAAGUAGACCGAAAUGAAGGUCUGAAGUUUGCAAGAAAACAUUCCAUGUUAUUUAUAGAAUCCAGUGCAAAAACACGUGAUGGUGUACAGUGUGCGUUUGAAGAACUCGUUGAGAAGAUUAUUCAGACGCCUGGUUUGUGGGAAAGUGAGAGCCAGAAUAGUAAACUGAGGUUAUCAGACUCACCCGAUGCCAGAGGUGGAGGUUCUUGUGGCGGCUACUGCUCUAUGCUGUAAACUGUCAGACUUUGAUGCAGUCAUUUUUUGCCAAUUUAAACAAUUGGUGAACAAUUUGUAUAAAUUCUAUAGUUGACAUUGCAGUUUGCACACUUUUUGUUCACAUCAUGUACCACCAUCUCCUUGGUUCUUCCAAGGAUAUGUUUUGCUGUAGUGAUGCAGAAUUUUGUGUUCACAAAAUAUUUUGCUAGUAUUGUCAAAUCGCAUUGCAUUUAAAACAGUUAUGCAUUAGAAAUGUGGAACACAGUUUUAAUCAUCAGUAAAAAGGGUUUAAGCUUAUAUGUACACGCUCACAUCGGAUAGUUUUAUCCAGAAACCAUCUGCUUGUUAUAAUCUAAAAAUGAUUUUUAUUUUUUAUUUUCAUAUAUUUGUACACUUUCAUGAUUUAACACUAAAUUAUUUGUUGUGAUCCUCUCAAAUGUUGCUGAUUUUCAUACAGUUUCAGGUUUGGAAGUAUAUGCAGCAGGAACAGCUGAGCUUGAGGUUUUGGAGUGUAUGUGUCAGGAACCACAACGCUUAGAAUGUUACAAUGCAGUUGAAUUUUCACUGCUGUUAGCCUACUGAAUAUCUUAGAAAUGUAACAAGAGUAAUACUAAACUUUUCUACAUUUUACUGGUGAAUAAGGUUAACAUUUUAUUCAGAAAUGAAUGUUUCUCAUUAGUCUAAUGCAAAACUACACAAUCUGAUGAUUGUGCGUUCAUUUCCAUAGUUGUACUAAACAGAUGUCCUGAUACAGAAAUUCACAAUACAACCAUUUAAGUAAUAUGAUUAGAAUAAAUAAUUACAUUAAAAUCUACACAAUCUAAUAAAUUAUGAACUAAUUCCAGGUCCUAGAUGAUAUCCAAGGCUUUGAAGACAUUUAGAAAGGUUCCAUGAAAGUAUAGUGAAUUUGGUCUGCAGUUAACUAAAUUCUGACUGAACAAAGUUAUGUUUGACUUGGAAGUUGGGAGUGAGGAUGUGAAUGUCUGAAAUGAUUAAAUCUUGUACAUUCUACUUUAAAACUGCACUAUAUGAUUUACAUUAUUGAAGACGUUAUUUGUGUGUAAUUUAGUAACAGCUGCUAUCAUGCUUUGUCAAAAGUGUGCUGAAUGGAAUUCAUAAUUUAAAUGCUUCAUUAUAAUGUUAUUGGAGUUCUAUUCUAGUCAGCCAAGUCUUGUUUAUUUCACACUAUUAGAUUACAUGAGAAGAAAUUUGAAGUAGUUACGUUCAAUGUGGUCCUUAAAUAAAUAAUCCUAAUACAGUACUAUUCAUUCUUAUGUUCUGCAAACUAGAAGUCUAUAGGGGUAUCUGUUUUAACCCUUAAUGCCCUUGUGAACAGUUUACUAAAUCAAUCAGUAGUUGAAGAAAACAAAAUGUUGGGCAUGAUGCAGGUAUUUUAGGAUUAUGAAAUGUUUCAAAAAAUGUGAAGCUCUACAGAAUAAGACCCAUGUCCUAUUUACAAUACUGUAAGGACAUUAAAAGAUGGGAAAUCCAGACCGAUUUUAAAAUAAAGGGGUAUUAGGUAUGUGGGAAACUACCAGCAGAAGUGGUGGAACAAGACACUACAGAGGAUUACAAAAAUAAACCAGCCAAGUUUCUGCUCAAUAAUUCAAGAUUAUUAGAUUUGGAGAUGAAUACAUCAAAGGGAUCUUAUGCAAAAUAGAAUGAAAAAACAAAAUGAAUUAAUGGCUUACUCCAGCAUGAAAUUACUUUUGGACUGUGGAAAUUUAAAAAAAAAAUCAAUAGGAGGAAUGGAGCUAAUUGUAUGACUUAAUUUUGUACUAUGUUUAAUACUUUCAAUAGACGUUGUUACAGGUUGGUCUAUAUAAUGGACCUCAUGCAGUUUUGCUCUGGUGAUCAUACAAAGAUGACUUCGUUAUAGGAGGAAGCAUUUCAGUGCAAAUUGAGUGGGUGCAGUCAGUCAAUUGACAUAACUGAGAUUGACGUCUGCUUAAUGAAAGUAAAGAUAUCAGGUUUUCACUAUUCAUUAUUUAUCCAGACUUUAGAAUGGAAAUAAUUGUAGAAAAAGACUAUUUUUGAAUGAUGUGCCUCUUUUGAAAUUAGACUUAUUAAAAUUCAAAUAAUUUAAGAUGCUUCUAUUUUACUUUUUAAAAAAUAAUUUAAAUUAGCCAUGAUUUCUGUAUCGCAAGCAUUUACAAAAUGCAGUGAAAUAUUGCAUAAAAAUAGAUGCAGUUACAAAGGUCAUGCAUUAUAUAUAUAGCACACAUAAAAUAUAGCAUGCAUAACAUGUGUAACUUUGCACUGUUUCAGGUUUUAAUUAAAUUACUAUUGGGCAAAGAACACAUUUACAAAAAUGAUUUUUUAAAAUUAUUUUUGCUUGCUUUUCUGUUUUGUAUACAAUUACAAAUUUGUCUACAAUUUCAGUCCUGUUAUGAAAUCGAGUAUCUAGUCUGCACAGUCAGAGGAAAUAUUCUGUCCAGGACAUACACUUAACUGUUGGGUCCGCAUAUAUGGUUACAUGUGCACUUUGUCCAGUGUUUUAUUUCUUGUGCUUUUCAUUGGAUGCUUUUCACUGGGUGAUUUCAAAAUUAAGUAUUUAAUGGCUUCAAUGCAUUAAGCGUUAAUAUAUCAAUAUCAUUUGCACCUACAUAUAUUAAAACAUAAACUUCAUAUUUGUUUCUCAUAAACAUAAACUUGGGUUGUAGAUAUAACUGAGUGAUAUUUUGUUCAUUUUUCCAUAAUUUAUAUUGCUGCUUUUCCAUAUACUUUUGUUUAUCUGAUUUUUUUUGAGUCUGUGGCAUAACCUAAAUUGCAAUGUAUCAAAUUCUCUUUUUACACAGGUCACUGUCAAAACUGCAAUUGUUAAUUCAACUAUAGCAUCUUAAAGAAUUAGGGCUUGACAAUGAGAAUCUUAAUUCAUAAUUGUAAAUAAAUCCAUUUGGCAUUAUGAAUUGCAUUCCUCAUGUUAGUUAGUCUGGAAAUUGUUUAACAAAUGGUCAUUUCACAACGGUUUAUGGUAGUGUAAGGUAUUGCAUCAGCAUAUUUAAAUAAAAGUUCCACAUGUACUUUAACUUCUAA